CGAAGCGAUAAUUCGCAAACCGCUCAGAAAAAUAAGUUUCGUUUCGACCCUAAAGAAAGUCAACCUGAACUUUUUGCUUCGACUUCAGGAAGUGCUCCUAACGAUAACUCUCUCUCUGACUAA